AUGCAGCUACUUGCUUUUCUCCCAGUGUUACUGGCCUCCUCGGGCCUCGCCAGCCCCGUGUGUCGUAACGUCAACCAGCCCAUCUAUACCCUACGCCUGGCCUCCCCCGAGCCUUCCCUCCACAACCGCCCUCUGACUAUCACCAACAAUUCGACCCUGGGCGUCAGCGCGUCACCCGAGGUCAAGGACGAAGUGCACUUCUACACUGUUGUCAACCCAACGACCGGCCUGGCCGAGCUGCACACCUCAUCGCCCGUCAAUGACGCAACACUGACCCUAAUCGGCAGCAACGGCGUGCUGGACUUCACUCCGCUCAAAAACCCGGCUGCCGUCACGGUGCCUGUGGGCACGACUGUCGAUUGGACAUCAUUUGAGCUAGACGAGGGCACGCCCGGCGAGGGGACCGUCAAGUAUGUGGGAAAGGAGGGCCGCUGGGUGAUGUUCCCCGAGGGCGACGAGUGGGAAUUGAAGUGGAGGAGCGCGGAUGCUUGGACGAUAGAGACUUACAUUCCAGUGCAGGUUGUGUAUGAGCUCGUCAAGGAACAGAACUAG